AUGUCCCAGCCACAGGCAGUGCUACCGGGCCAACCCAUAGUUCCCAUUAUUUCGGCCAAAAAGAAGGCCAAAUAUCUUGCUGGCAGAAACUGCCGCAUAGAAAACAUAACAUUCAAUGGAUCUGGUGUUCCUUCCAUUGUAUCCUCGGUGGUUGGAAAAACGAGUGUCACUAAAAAAGAGCCUUUAGAGACAUCUAAAGAAUCGGAUAAGAGUGAUAGCUACGAUGAAUACGUUGUGAAUGUUUUCUCAAAGCACGAUCCAGAGUAUGUUUUGCCAGAAGAUGGAACCUCGGAGUUCAACUACGUCCCUACUUUAACCUCAAGCACACCAAAGCUAAACGACUUGGUUUUGGCAAGGGUCAUGAAAGUUUCAAUGGAUAGAGUGAAAGUGGAGAUCAUUAGCAUAGAUGCUGAUUCCGAGGGUUCGCACGUUAACGCGAAGGAGCUCAUGCUUGCCAAUUUUGCCGCAAACGAAAAUAAUGAACGCUUCAAAGGCAUUAUACGAUCGGUCGAUAUAAGGUCCACAGAAAGAGACAAGGUUAAGACAUGGCAGUGCUUCCAGCCGGGAGAUAUCAUCCGUGCACAGGUGAUCUCUCUAGGAGACGGGAUAAACUACUACUUGAGUACGGCUAAGAACAACUUGGGGGUAGUGUUGGCAAGACCUUCAGGUGAGAAUACUUUUGCUGAGUCCGGAAAGUUGCUCUAUGCAUUGGACUGGCAAACAAUGAUAGUUCCAGAAACGGGCGAUCUUGAACAGAGGAAAUGUGCAAGACCAUUUUGA